AAAAUAUCAUAACCUACAAAUAUGAAUUUUGUGCACUUGUGAUUUCAAUCGAGGUUCGCAGAGGUUUGGAGAAACACACUUUUUUUAUGAUUUAUACAGAUAUCUGCAUGCAGUUGAAGCGUCCAGGAGAAAGAAUCUUUUAUUCUGGCACGCGAUAACAUGCCUGACGGUUUCGUGCAUUCUGUCAAAGUCCCAAGACUGUAUAAGACCGCUGCGAAAGUCGUGCAAUCUGUGAAGGAGGAAGGUGCCAGUCUGAAAGAAUUGGUUUAUAAGGGAAAUCAUCCUAAUGUUAAUGCCAUUUAUGCUUUGGCACGAGAAACUCUUCAGAAAGAACUACGUUUAGAUUAUGUCCUCCGGAAGACGCAGAUCCUGUUUAAAGAGCCUCGUCUUGAUCCUUGGCUUGCUAGAAUUUUGAUAACCGAAUUAUUUAGAAAAAGCGUGAAACCGUCUGAGUGUAAACCUAUAAAGACUAUUUUAGCUUACGAGAAGGAGUUACGCGAAGCUUACGAUGGCUUCCAAGAGUCAGAGGCAGCCUCAUCUGAGAAUUCUAAGGUACAAAAACCGAGAUAUGUGAGGGUUAAUACAUUAUUAUCAACUGCCAAAGAGGUCAUUACCUCUUUCAUAAACGAAGGUUGGCAGUGCUUAUCCAGGAAAGGAAAUUAUUCCUCUUUCUUAGAAUCUGUAUCAAAUUUAGAGGAUGAUACGUUUCUUCAAGAUAUUCAUAUUCCUGAAGUAUUAAUUUUCCCUCAUGGUACGAAGUUCCACGAUCAUUUAGCUUACAGACAGGGUUUCAUCAUGCUGCAAGAUAAGGCUAGUUGCUUCUCUACUCAUUUGCUAAGGCCUGAACCUGGUUCCGUAGUACUCGACAUGUGUGCUGCGCCAGGAUUGAAGACCACACAUUUGGCAGCCCAAAUGAACAAUCAAGGAAAAAUAUAUGCUGUGGAGAUGGACGAAAAGAGGUUCAAUACUUUACGGGAAACUAUACAGGCUUCGAUGGCCACUUGUGUGGAAGCGAUACAUGCAGAUGCAAUGACUGUCAAUGCUGAUCGAUGCCCAAAUGUGGAGUACAUUUUAGUGGAUCCAAGUUGUUCCGGUUCAGGAAUGGUUGACAGAGUUGACUCUAUGUACAGCUCAACAGAAUGUCCUCCUCAUCGUUUAAAGAGUUUGCAGGCCUUUCAGGUGUUACUCCUUCGACAUGCACUCUUUAACUUUCCCUCGGUGAAGAAAGUUGUCUAUUCGACAUGCUCCCUUUACCCCCAGGAGAACGAAGAAGUCAUCGAUGAGAUUCUUGGUGACAUUGGAGAGACAUAUACACUUCUGCCAGUCAGAAGUCAGUUAAAUGACAAUUGGCUAAAUUACAGUUCUCUAGAAUACAAGUGCAAAGAUAAUUGUAUGUAUGCUAGACCGAAGGUAGAUCUGUGCAAUGGGUUCUUCGUAGCAGUCUUCGAGAGGAAUUUUGACAUACCAUUACCAGAAUACAACAGGAAGCCAAAGGUAUUAAAGAAGGAGAGUGAGGAAUGCAAUGAAUAUUUGGAACCUCCGUCAGAUAAAAUGGAAUCAGCUGACUCCGAGCCAUGCAAGCCAAAAAAGAUGAAAAAGAAGAAGAAGCAUCAAAGUGCAGAAGAAUCUGCAAAUAUUCCUGCAGAAGAUGCAUUGGAUGAAGUAAUAAUAAUCGAAGAGGUUCCAAAGAAAAAACACAAGAAAUCGAAACGUCAGAAGACCGAAGUUGAAGAAAAUACUGAACAGGAAAUAAAUAAGUCCACGAAUGAGUCAGUAAACGAAGGAGAGGCAUUGCCGGAAAAACCAGUGAAAAAGAAGAAAAAGAAAAAACAUGCCAAGAAGCAUUUAGAUUGAUUAUAAAACAUUUUGUUUAAGAAGUAAAGACAAGUUAGACCAUUAA